UAACACGAAUAUUUGUGUACAAAAUGCUCACCGUUGUUCAGGCAGUCAAAACUCUCCUAGCUGUAUGCAAGGCUAGUUCCCCCUGAAAAUAUGCUCCAUAGAUUUAACAUAUUAUGUUACUGAAACUCGACGUCCUUUCGUCGACUACGAUCAAAAGAAAAAAACCAUGGCCGACUUUAGCUUGGCUUGGCAAGGAUGUUGGAGAUCUGUACCUAUUUGACUCUCGCCGCCUAAGUCAACUGUAUUUGCCUUCAGGAAAAACAAGGAAAAAGAUUCCUGCCAUACAAAAUUAUCUAGAUGAUGUGCAAGGCUUUGGAAUCUCAGCCAAUGGUUUUUUUGUAGCUGGUGCAUUAAACUCUGGUAGAGUCUUCAUCUGGAACAAAACCUUGGCAACAGUCAAGUUAACAGCUGUGUUGGAUAAGAUAAGAAAUGUGCAGCCUGGAACAACUCUGGUUGUUUUGCCUCAGACAUUCAAUGGUUUUGCUUUAACUUUUGCAGAAUAUAAAUUGUUAAAAAUCCCACCCUAUAUGCUAUUUACAGUUUGUGGUACAUCUUUUUCACUCUCUUGGGUUUUCAACAUGGGUGACCGAAUCCAUGUCACAACACUUCACUUGCUUUGGCCAGAGAAAAGCUACACCUUGCAGGAAGGGGUAUCUAACCCUCAAAUUGAAGAAGGUCUUAAUACCCCCUUCUCUGCCACAUGGCACACCUUCAAACACUCCUUGUACAAUCUGACACCUGCUGAACGAGUCGUGAAGAGCAGAAAGGCCUACAUUACAAGGUUAUCCCCAGAUGGCCAGGUCAUGGUGUUGGCAAUGAAUCAGAAGUUUGCUGCACACAACAGAGUCAUGUUUUACUCGCUGUCACAGACUGCAGUGGCUGUCAUUGCUGACCUGAAGGGCUGUGGAGCCAAAAUGAAUGCUAAUGGUCACUCUCCAGUUGGGAAAUCUUGGUGGAUUGCAGACAUGGCUUGGACCAGAGACAGUCUUCUGGUACUGUGUAUCACUCGCCGUGGUUCUGUUGCUGUUUUAACUAAGCUUGGAGAACCUCUGGAGAUUUGUGCCGAAGGUGGUUCUUUGCACACAGGCCCUGCUCUGUUUCUUCCUCUGCAUCCCAAGAUAACAUUUCAGAAGUCUGCAAAUGGUUUUCAUUCAGACUCCGCUGAGUCCUGUACCUCUGGAAAAGACCCCCUCUCCCAGAGGUUCUCUGUGUCUGUUCACCCUCACCUGCCAGUUGUUUUGAGCUCAGAUGGUUACCUGGUAACAGUGAUGCAGUUGCCGUCUGUGGCCAGUUACCUUGGCAUUAUGACAAGCUUCAUGAGAGACAUCACAAGACUAGUUCCAGAUAUUGACGUAGAGCUUCAACCCGGCACUUUGUCCCGCGUGUCAUCUAUGAGUAGAAUCAGCAUCCUGCAGUCAGAAGUGAACGUGGCCCGUGGAAUGGCUUCUACAGAUCUUUUAUCAGAUGUUCCAAGUGAAAAUAACUCUUCUGGGUCAUCUUCUGUUGUCCCAGGUUAUGGCCUUGCAACUGGGGAUCAUGGUAUCAGUUUCUUUGGAAUCCAAGACCCAGAACUCGAGAGCUCCCUUCCAGAAUACACACCGGGAAGCCUGGACGCUAUCUCUCAUGCCCAGAGCCUUUCCAUCAUUGCUCUCUCGCUAGGGGCUGCGUGUGGGAUGAACUGGAAACAAGAAGUUGGCCCUGCAAUGGACCUUACAGUCAAUGUAGUGACAAAAUUCUUUCAAUUUCUUCUUCGAAAUGCUGACAGCGUUCCACAAACGCAUAGCUCGGCUAGAGCGCUUUCAUCUUCUAUUGGUGAUUUAUCAAAACGGCGAAGUCCCAGCCCAGUUUUCGACUCCCAACUUUCUAAGGCGUUGCUGUAUUUUCGGACAGUAUUGGAGGUUUUCCAGUGGGACGCUACACACAGGAACAUAUUCUCCUGGGCUUUUCAUCUCACUCAUGGCAUUGUAAAAGAAAUUCUACUCGUUACAGGCUCAAGCGUAUUUAACAGAGUUACCAACUCCAUAAGAGUGUUGAGGUUAGCCGAGCGAUUACUUAAUGUAUCUUAUUCGUCAAGUAAUGGAAAAGUAUGGGACUUGCCUAGCAAUCGAUCUGCUCAAGAAAGUCAGGUUCAUCCCGGAUCCGAUUCGAAGAGGAGGGAUGAUUUAGAUGGAGCAGCUGAAUCAAAAGAAAGUACCGCUCUGACAGAAAAUGAUGGCAGUAUUUCCAUUAGAGACGUGCAACAGCAAACUGUGUGUCAAACGCAUCUCAGUGGGUCGUGGCUUUCGUUGUAUGCAUUUACCUCGGACGUGUGCAAGAAGAUGCAAAAACGGCGGACUUCGUUGUUCUCGGCGCAAGAAGGAGGAACCAAAGGAAGUGUUGAGACACAAAUGGUCGAGCUGCUGUGUAAGAUUCAAGAAAAACUGCAGCUGCUGGGUGUUAGAAUACCAAGUGAUACUGCUGCAAAGGCAGAAAGUGUCGAAGAUGUCAGCGCUUAUCUAGGUGGCAGCUUCCAAAACUUAUCACAAGAAGGACCUCAAGAUUCUCUGUUUUCAAGACGGCGGUCAGGAGUACAGGCAAGGACAAGCCAGGAGUAUAAUCCCGAAAAGUCCCGUAAGUACGGGUCUCCCUUUAAGGAAAGCACUGAAAGUCUCAAUUCCCCCGCAUUGCUGUAUACCACAGGAAGCCCAAGUGGCAAUGUGACUGAACAGGACUCCAAGACUCUUUUGACGAUUCUUUAUAUUCAGCUUCAGCAAUACGAUCUUAGGUCUGCGCUUGAUCUUGUCUACUCAUUGAUCGAACCGUUGCUUUCAUGCGAUGAAUUUGAAAACAGCGCACACUUUUCGCUGCUUCCCAACGCGACAAGAUCUUUUCAAGGGAGCAGUGGUCAUCCGAAUGCAAAUCAUCACAUGGAGGUUCUUCUUCAAAACUAUCCUUUUGCACGAGUCGCGGAUAGCAGGGGUAUUAAAGUGGUGCAAACACUUGCAAGGUUCAUGUCGGCUUAUUUUUCAAAUCUUUCUCUCUAUGUUUAUCCUCCUUACCAACCGAUUGAUCUUCCACCAUUUCACGAAUUUCCGUCCGAUGAAAACAAGAAUGAAGAUUUUGAGGACCGUUCUCAAGUAAAGGAACGUAUUGGGCUCGAUAGAGCCAAGGUAGCACAAGCAGUGCGAGACCAGGGUGUUCACGAACUUUGGAGUGCCAACAGUACUGUAGAACUGUUGCUUGUGUCAGGGCUAAUAUCAGAAGCAGCCUGGUUGGCUAAGAACUUGGGUGACUGGAAAAACGCAUUGUUGUUGUCUUUCGCAAGCCACGCGGUGAAUUCCGGAUUACCCGAAACCGAGACACAUCAACAAAGUGAACGUAUGUUCCCUCAACCACCGAAAGAGAUUACAACUCACGCCAUUGCAUUCUCGAGACUGAAUCCUGCGUUUAAGCAAACUACUUCACCCAUUGAGGAGCAAGCAGAUAGGUUGGCUGAAGAAAGAUCAGCUCUUCUUUCUUCAAAAGGUCAAAGGUCAACUAAGCAUGGUGCGGUUGACGUCGGAACAGAGGCCGAUGACAAAACUGUUAAAGAAGUGUCUCGGGUUUUUGAGGCAGGAGUCGUUGCGAAUCUUGACUUAGUGCCGUUAAUUUUCACUAGUUUGGUGAGCCAGUUGAAGAAUGCCACGUCACUCUUUGAGUGGAUUGUACCCGAGGAGUUUUAUCUGCCCUAUCCGCCAUCUUUCUGUCCACAACCAGUGAACACCAAGAAGGAACCAUUGUCACCUUUAGCAGAAAAAGAAGAAAGACUCCGCUCCGAGAUGGCCAACGUUGUGCAGAAGAUCUUUCUUCUGCUCAAAGCUUCUAACUGUUUGGUUCCAUGCGUGAGGUGGUACACAGAACAGCUUGUCAGCACAACAGAGAACUGGUGCAACGUGAUAAGAACAGAUGCAGACUUUCCAGUACCUUCUUCACUGUCCGGAUAUGCUGAUCGGGGAUUUAGUUUCCGUGAGAGUGAAGCGGACAAACCUAAUUAUGUGUCUCCGAAGAAAAAAGGGAAUAGAAAGCCCGAAGAAGCCUCCAGUGAAAAACAAGGGAAAACUGAUCCCAAACCGCCAUCUUCGAUUGGAGAUGUGCUGUGCAGUUUUCGUGAUUUCUGUGCGAUUAUGUGGUUAUUGUACGUACGGGAUAAGAUGAGCAAAUCAUCCAGGAAAUUCAGACAGCUGAGGAGCCAAUCCACAGGCAGUGAGGAGGAAACCACGACUAUCCAUUCAAUCUGUUGGGAGACCCUGCUGUGGACCACAAGACUAGUUCCUUUCAGCUCCUUACUUGGAGCCGAAGACAAAAUUAUGGACACUUUGCUGACCCUGCUAUCGGAGUUGCCUCCCAGUACAGCUGUAGCAGAAUGUACCGCUCAGUUCUUCAACAACCCAGACGUGGUCCAGACUGCGAGUGGAAAAGCAAAGCUGAAGCGCCUCAUGGCUCAGUUUAGACGAGUCAGUGUGGGUGAAGACAGCGGAACAGAUCGCCAUGACGAACCCCUGUCAGUUUUUUAUCGUAAGAAGUGCAUGGAUUGGGAAGAAGAAAUGAAUGAAAGAGAAAAACUUUUCGGCAAAGUGUGCGAUCAGUUUUUCGACCUUAAGGAGACUUCUGGGAACAAAUCAGCUGAUGAUGAAGCAGAAGUCAUGAUGCAUGGUGGUGGAGGUUUGACAGUUGGAACGACGUUGUUUGAGACGCAGCCAUCUUAUUUUCAGUUUCUGGACACUUUUUUCUUGAUAACCGUAUCCAAAACUGUGAUGACCUAUCACAGUAAGGGAUCACAUCCCGUGCCUCUUCUGCCCUCGUACAACAAACAGCUGUUAGUCUCAGAUACCAAGUCACUUUCGAUGCUGCAACAGAAGACACACAGCAAUACCCCAACCAGGCCAAUUGAGGGACCCUCUAGUAUUUUCAGAAGCCAAAGCUUUACAGAUGUGCGUUCCUCCAGGCCUAUACCAGUGGCUACAUCCUCAACUAUGGGGUCGGGAACGGAGAUAAAACGAAGCAGUAGCUUAAAUGAUGUAGCCAGCUUGGGCUUCCUACCUGGGAUUAGGACUCUCGGGAAUCAGCUACUUGAGCUACUUCCUAGUCUAACCUGGCUAAGUCGGUGGUCAAUGGAAGGUUCAUCUUUACCUUCGAGUAACUUCAAUCGCAGUGCUCUCGGUGGCACCGAGUCACUUGCGGUGAUGCGGGUUAAUGUAUCGCUUCCACUCCUGGUGAAUAGCUUAUGGUGUUUGCAAAAUGUUUAUUGGCCAUGGAUGUCGGAUAUAGAAGUCAUGGUAGAUAUCAAGGUCAAAAGAUCAAAGAUUUCUCCACAAAAACAACCAACUCGUGACGUCAAAGAGCGCUCGCCUGUUUCAACAGACGCAGCCACGUCACCAAGACCCUUACGGAAAGUUCUAAGCGAAUCCAAUCUCCAAAGAUCUGCAAACAGUUCAGCGAAACGAAAUAGUAUUGUUGGUGAAGGAAAAGGGUUACAAGGCGAUUACGGUUAUCAGUCAACGCCAGAUAUGCUAAAACGAUCUCAAAGGGAUUGGAAGACUUCUAAUAGGGAAGAAAAAACAGAGUCAAGUAGCAAAUUCCCAGCUCAAGCCCAGAUAGAAGGGCUGGAACUUUCAAGGCCAUCUCGAAAGGAUUUCCAACGCAUUAGAAACCUUGAUCGCUUUCCGAAAUCGAACAGUGAACCAAACAUCCCGAAUAUUAUAAUACAUAGUCCCACGACGGACGAAGAAAAGGAUUUGAGUGGCGCGUAUAAAAAGCGACUCUCGUUGCGUCUGAAUGGGAAAAGUGAUUUCUCUGGUAGCCCGACGACAUAUCACUCUGAUCCAGAGUUAACUUCUUCUGUAAAGCCGGUCGAAACUUCUACUCCUGCCAAGUCUAAACGUUCACGGAAAAGCAAGAGAAAGGAACACAAACGGGAUGAAAUGUCAGGUGAAUGCAAUCAGCCAGGGAUCAAAAGACGAGAGGAAGAUUUGGUUGAUAGGAAAAUACCAGAGCGCGACGACAUAGAAAAGAUACACCGAACAUCUUUAACUGCUGAAGAAUCAUCGCUCCCCACACAUUCGAUAAUUAGAACAGCUCCGUCACGUCAAGGAAAACGAAAAAAGAAAUCUUGGCCAGAGCAGAAAGAGCGGGAAGGUAUCGAUGGUGUGGUCACGAAGGAUUUAGAUGGCGUGGUCACUCAGGAAUCGGCUGGCGUCGUCACUGACCACUUGCAGCAAAGAGUCACAGUGGAAUCAAGUGAGUGGGGGCAUUCCACGGCAAUGAUGGCGCCUGUGUCUCAAAGUCAAAUGGAAUUGCUUCUUGUAGUAAGGCCUGGUGUUGGUGGUGACGUUGGUAGUACUGUGCAGGCUGGUAUCCCUGUUCUUCGCAUACCAACAAUGAUGGGGAACAUUCAAAACUCAGAAUUAAACACACCACUGCCGUCAGGCAACACUAGACAAACAACCCAUGCAGAAACAGCGUCGCAAACGGAUCAUAAAGGAAUGAUGUCAUCGGCCUCUCAGACGUUUAUGCAUUCUGGGAUUUCAGCUGAGCAAGGUCACAUGCCUCGCGAAUCUGAACAAAGUGCUAACAAUCAUGUUGACGAGCAGAUUGUGGCGAAAACAGCCUCGGUUCAAACUGAACCUGCAGUGGAACUAAAACCGGAAGGUCCCUUGCCUUUUUUCUACUUGUUACAACAAAAGCAAGCCUCUGCACCGCAGAAUCAACUUUACCACCCUACAAGCAAUCCGCAACCACCAACAUCACAGUAUCAAGAUCAAAACAGAGCUCUACCUUUGCUUCGUUUUCCAGUUUCCGAUGCGUCUUGCAAACUUGACCUGAGCAAGAUGAGGCUGCUUGAAAUUCCUAAGCGAGGCACAGACUUUCCUUUGUUGCAGUUUCCCGAAUCAAAACCAUCAACAUCGGAAUCUGUUCUGCCAGAUUUGAACAAAAUCAAACUCUUGGAAACUCAUCCCAAGAAAGAACUUUGGACGAGUACCGCAGAAUCAAAAGAACGUAGAACUGCACCCAACAACUGGGCCUUACUAAGCAUGUCUAAACAUCAAGCACCCUCAAAUGGAGUUGACUUAAGGAAUUUGAAACUUUUGGAAAAUCCGCCAGUACUACGUGAAGCAUGGCCGCUUUUAGAAGCUCCAAGGAAAGCAGAAACACCAAAGCUUAUACCUCUGGAGAAAAUACUAGCAUUUGAAAAGGGUCUGAGGGACAAACUUGCACCAUUCAGCGAACGCACGCGUUCCCCACAAGAGAAGGAGAACAUCCAACCCACCGAGGAAAAUAAAUUGAAGCAGAAGGAUUCUCACUCCGAGCCUCAGAAGAUUAUCGAUCAAGAGAACAGGAGAAAUACAGUUUCAAGACAGAGAAGAAGGCAGGUUAUGGAAAAGCAGACAAGACCUCGUUCUACGUCUCCCGUUUUUAAAAGCAGGACAGGAAGAACACUUUCUCGCAGCAAAUCUUUACAAGGAAAGCUUUUAACAGUGCAACCAGCGAAGAAAGCAAGAAGAGUCGAUAAAGAACUUCCGAAGAGGCAAAAACCGGUGAAGGAACCAGCUUCUAAGAGAUCAAAACCGACUAAAGUGCAGAAACCUGUUUCAAGAAAGGAUUCUAAAAAACAAGUUAGCUUGAGUGAGAGCGAGUUGGAAUUAUCAGAGAUCUCUGAUCAAGUUUGGGAUGCUUCCGAAGAAGAAAAGUAUUUCCGGGUUGAGAAAAGUCCAGAACUUAUUUCUUUCCCGGAGCACAGGGACCAAGGAAAUGGGGGCUUUAAAAGGGGUAAAGUAGAGGAGAAGGAAUCCAAGCUCGAAGGAUUUGGGGAUGGGAUACCAGGGCCCCCAGCCAUGCGUCACAUGAAAGAGAGAAUUGGACGGAAGCUUCAUGAAGUCGACCAGCAGCUGACUUCCUAUCGCAGCGGAAGUCCCAGUUGGAAAUCUCUUUUCGAAACUGCGCGGCAGACGACUAGUGACGAAGGAAGGGGAAAGCAGGCUUACGAACGCCGACAACAGCAGAGUACCAUUGGAAUUCAAGUUGACGAAGUGAGAAGACCUCCCCAGACCUCCGCAGAACCCGUGGGGAUUCUUCAUCCAGGCAUGCUCGACCAUGGUGCAACUAAUAUUUUGAAAGUUAGUUCCAGUUCCCAGACUGAUCAAACAUCCGCGCAGACGUUAGCAAGGAGAGACAUGGUAACGUCUGGUGUUCAAACGGAGAGAGGAAGUGUCGAUUCGGAUCGCGCGAAAUCCCACGCACCCAUCUUGCCGCCAGAGAUCUUUUUAAACCUUCAAAUGCCCAAACCUGACAAAGAAACCCAAGUGGGUGUAGACAUGAUAGAUAGGUCUCGAGACCUCAACCCAGUUGAUGAUGACGAAACUGUCAUUGACAAACCUUUCUAUCAACGAGGAGGAUUCGACAAGGAAAGAGAGCCUGGUGAUGUCCCCCCUGCUGUUUCAAGGAUAACUAGGUCGUCCAGGGGGAGGCAGUUCCUUAGUGUAGCUGAUAUAGAUAAUGAUCAGUGGUUGGAAGUUCAGAGUACACCUAUGACGUCUGCAGAUGGAGUAGACUCAGAAAAGGAAGGAAAGAGAAAGGAAAGUGUUGAUCAACAAGACGAACUUUCAUUGGAAAAAGCAUCUUUAGAAAACCAAAGCAACCUAUCGGAAGAGGAGGAAUAUAAAGAUAGAAAGGAGUAUGUGAGGUAUAGCGAAGAACCUGAUAAGCUUACGGUGGAGAUCAUGGACUCAACAGACGAUCCUGUGCAAAGAUUUUACCCAUUACCAUUCCCAGCAGCGUCCCAGCCUAGUGCGAGAGUGGUGUCUACACAAGUCCUUAAUGAGAGGAUGAAAGAAAUGAGUGAAAGGAUUGAAGCUAUGGAUCAAAUCACACAGAACAUGGAUAGAGAAUUCAAGAGCUCGCGCGUGCUUCUCUCUGCUAUUCAAAGGAUUGAUGAAGUACUAAACCCAUCAUCAAGAGCAUCAUCUGCUGAAGCGAUGUCUUCAAGAGGAUCUUCAGAUUCGCGUAGGGAAAAGCCUCGAAGGUGGGGCAACACUGCCCCUUGGAGAAAGGGGACAAAGGCUCCAACUGAAAAACAACCAACUACAGUGGUGUCACAUUCAGAAGAUAUCGAAGACAGCAUUGAUGUCCACGCGGACCUUGCAGAUAAAACAGAGGACAAAGCUUCCGAAGUUGAUGUUAAGGAUGAAGAUGAAGAUGUUAAGGAUGAAGAUGAAGAACAACUUAGAAGUAGAGAAGAUGAACAGGAAAACGAGGAAAGCCUCCACCAGGAGGAACAAGACGAGGAUUUGAAAGUUGCUUCUGGUGACAGUGAAGACAUACUGUCAAAUCAAGAAGAAGAAGAUGAAUCCAAACCUGAGCAUCCACAGAAUUUUCAACCUGAAGUAGAAGCAUCUGUCGAGAGGAGUAAUGUUCUCUUAUCCACGCGACAUGAUGAAGUGAGGAGAGAAAAGCCCCCACUGUCGUCUCAGCUGAAGUCAGUGACAUUAUCACAAGAAAAGCUGAAAGAGAUAUUCCAAGUCAAAGAUACGACACGAAGUCGCAGGGACCCCAGCCCCGAUGCCAGGCAACAUCUGAAAGAAUGGAUGAACCAAAAACGUUCAGAGAGAAAAGCGGAGUGGAGAGGUCAGCAGGAAGAGCUGAGAGCGCAGGAACAUCAACCAUUUAUGUCUCCCACACAGGGCUCUACAACUUUUAAAAAGAUCAAGUUGAUGAACAAGGAGAGAAGCGCGAAACGCAGGAAAAACGAAGACCAGUAUAAACAGCAAAGGAUGGAAUCUGCAUCCAAUCUUCUCUCUGAGAUGCUGGCCGAGCCAGUUCCCAAGCCCACGGAUCGUAAACCAAACCUUCGUUACGCCGGAAGUGCGAACACGCGCUACUCAACUUCACUUGCAGAGAAAAAGAAGCGGGCAAGCGAUCGAUACAAAAAUUUGCCGAAAGCUCCAUCAAGAGGUAAACGGGUGCGACAAGAUUACGUGGAGAAACCAGUGACCAAGGAAGAGAAUCGCAUGCAUGUGAAACAAUAUAAAGCUGACUCGCCGCAUUCUGAAGAUUUCUCAAGGAAAGCUCAGACCUCAGUUAGAUCUCAAAAUACUCCUGGGCGGGAUUUUAUACGGACAAGCAGCCCAUCUGUUCCAGUUCGGCAAAACGUGUCAGAUUUGCAAGAAGGAAAUAUUUAUGUUAACAGUGGUAAAUUAAUCGAAGAAAAUUUACCUGUCGACGACGAUUUUUGGCGAUCGAAAUCUCCGACUGGAGCCGAAUUUGUGACGACACAAACCUAUCGGAACUUUGCAAGGAAUCAACCAAAGAGGGUUAAAGCUAGAGAAGCAUCUAUGCGCAAACUUACCCUAGAGGGAAUAAGUGGAUAUGGCUUGUCGCAUCAGACCCAAGGCACAGAUCGUUUGGGGAGAACAUUUUCCAGGACACACCAGACUGACCCUCUCCUCCCUGGGGGUAGAACAUUAGCCGAGAUAGAUCGUCUUAUAGAGGACAUACCAGAUGAUGGCUUCACUAUGGAUCAGGAGAGGAUUGAGGGAAUAGAGAGCUUGUUAGAAGGUGAUGAUGAACUGAGGGAGUUGUUGUCCGAUGUUAACUGGCGCGCUGAUGCCAAGGUACUGUCUGUGGCUGACACCGUGCGCACUAGGUCUGUGGCUGACACCGUGCGCACUAGGUCUGUGGCUGACACCGUGCGCACUAGGUCUGUGGCUGACACCGUGCGCACUAGGUCUGUGGCUGACACCGUGCGCACUAGGUCUGUGGCUGACACCGUGCGCACUAGGUCUGUGGCUGACACCGUGCAGACUUGGUCUGUGGCUGACACCGUGCAGACUUGGUCUGCGGCUGACACCAUGCGCACUGGGUCUGUGGCUGACACCGUGCGCACUGGGUCUGUGAUUGACACCAUGCGCACUGGGUCUGUGGCUGACACCGUGCACACUAGGUCUGUGGCUGACACCGUGCACACUAGGUCUGUGAUUGACGCCGUGCACACUAGCCAUAGACAUUUAUUCUUGGUUUUAUCAGCUUAUUCCUCAUCUUUCUUUUGUUUCUUUUUUUUUUUUUCAGAUAAAUGGCGAAGUACUGAACAUCGGGUCAACAAACCUCGGAAUACUGAACCUGCGGUUCCCAACGGAGAAAGACAAUUGCCAGAGUUUGACGGUGACAUCAGCCCGUGGAAUACUAGAGAGAGCAUGCGCACGUCUGAGGAUGUUGCACAGCUUUUGGCCGAAGUGGACGAGGCUGUGGGUAAUAUGUCUGAGAGUAGUGGCAGUGUCAGAAGUCACAUUGACUGGGAGGAAGUGGACAAAAUCAUGGGAGAAACGUAAAACUUAAGAAAUUAUACUUUUGCAUCUGUAAAUAGAGAAAAAUUCGUAAAAUAAUAGGUAGAAAUAAAUUGUUAGAAUCUACUAAAAAAAAAAAAACAAAUAGAUGUGGAAAAUACGGAUUUAAUUUUGUUUUAUAAUAUAAGCAAAG